AUGUUUUCCGAACCGACGGAGGUGGCGGAACCAACUCCUCCUCCUCCUAUUCCUCCAUCAUCUCUCGAUCGACCGGUGGAUAUCAAAGGCAAUCUGGAUCUAGUUGAACAGACUUUCGAAGAGGAACUGGCCCUAAAGCAUGAAAUCGAAGACCUGGGUUACUUUUUCCCUGAGUGUUGGUACGCCGAAGACGGACGUCCGAAACCGAGAUAUUUUUGUGGUUUUCUCCAAGGCCUGAUCUCCCGCUUGACCGAUUCUUCCGGAGUCACUUUGUCCCACUUCGCCAUGGAACACCAAUGGCUGUUUGGGCCACAGGCCGUGAGACGUUUGGUAUUUUUUCUGCGGGAUAUGGGCGCCGUUCGUCUGUGUCGUGUGGUGCGACAUACGAAACCUGGCCUUUUCUCCGCCCGCCCGACGUACACCGUCUCCGAUGAACCCAUUUUGGCUUCUCCGGAAGAACUCACACUGAUCCCCACACCGCAUUGUCUCUCCAUUGUGGGCGCGUUUUGUGAGCAGUUCCUGGCGCGAACCGAAACUUCGACCAAAACUCCUCAUAAUGCGACCACUUCAGCAACUUCAGACGUACAGGAUAACCAAACCGAUUAACACUUGGUGUUCUAUUGUAAACCUUGUACAGCGAGAAAUGGAAGCGUGUAUGUAUGUAUCCACUAUUCUUAUUCGCUGUGGUUUUACACCCUUUACUUUUGCACAGUCCAUUGUACAUAUCCUAUUUUGUUUAGUCCAUUCGCUUCCCGCGAUCGCAUAUCGGGUGAGUUCUGUGGGAUGAAUACCUUGUCAGAUAAGCGAUGUGUUUCAAUACUGGCUAUUUUUUCG